AUGGAAUCAGAAAACCAUACAAGUGUCUCAGAAUUCCUCCUCCUGGGCCUCUCAGAGGAUCCUGAACUGCAGCCCCUCCUCUUUGGGCUGUUCCUAUCCAUGUACUUGGUGACGGUGCUUGGUAACCUGCUUAUCAUCUUUGCUGUUGUCUCCGACUCCCACCUCCACACCCCCAUGUACUUCUUCCUCUCCAACCUGUCAUUCACCGACAUCUCUUUCACCUCCACUAUAGUCCCUCAGAUGCUGGUGAAUAUCCAGACAGGGAACAAAGCCAUCACCUAUGCAGGCUGCCUCACUCAAGUGUCCUUUUUCAUGGUGUUCAUAUGCAUGGACAAUUUACUCCUGACCAUCAUGGCUUACGACCGCUAUGUGGCCAUCUGCCACCCUCUGUGUUACACAGUCAUCAUGAACCCGUGCCUCUGUGGUCUGCUGGUUCUCCUCUCCUUGUUCAUUAGCGUUAUGAAUGCCCUGCUCCAGAGUCUGAUGGUGUUGCGUCUGUCCUUCUGCACAGACUUGAAGAUCCCCCAUUUCUUCUGCGAGCUCGCUCAGCUCCUCAAACUCGCCUGUUCCGAUACGCUUAUCAAUGACAUCCUGGUGUAUCUGGUGACGAGCCUGUUAGGUAUUGGUCCCCUCUCAGGGAUAGUUUUUUCUUACACUCGGAUUGUGUCCUCCAUCCUGAGAAGCCCAGCAGUUGGUGCAAAGUACAAAGCUUUUUCCACCUGUGGGUCUCACCUGUCUGUUGUGUUCUUAUUCUAUGGGACUUGCGUUGGCGUCUACCUUAGUUCCGCAGCCGCUCUCUCCUCCAGGAGGAGGGCAGUGGCCUCAGUGAUGUACACCGUGGUCACUCCCAUGAUGAACCCCUUCAUCUACAGCCUGAGGAACAGAGACAUAAAGGGAGCCUUGAGGAAACUCCUCUCUGGAACAUCUUCCUUUUCAUGA